GACUCAGCACCGCCCCCCCGCCAGGCUAGCGCCCAGGUCGCGCUCCUGGUCUCCAGUCCUCCGGGCCUCUCCGCCUUCGGGCGCCGAGCGAGCCCAUGGAGCCUGCGGAGCCGGUGGAGCCCGUGGAGCCAGCGCGGGGAGGCGCCGGCGGGGCCGAGGCGAUACUGCGCGAGCUGGAAGCGCUGGUCCAGGACGUGGUGACCAAGAGCUCUUGGUGGGAGCGCCGCGGGGUGGACUGCGCCAUCCUGGCGCUCAGCCUCCUCGUCUUGCCGGCAGGGUUCCUGUGUCUGCGCUCUGAGAAUGUACUGGUCUUUGCCAUUGGCGUCACCAUCUUGGGUGUGUGCCACUAUACGCUCACUGUCAAGGGUAGCCACCUGGCCACUCAUGGUGCCCUCACAGAGUCCAAACGCUGGAGUAAGAUCUGGCUGCUUUUCUUCGUGGAGGUGUGCACGGCCUUCACUGCAGAGUGCGCCAAGCACGGACAUGUCAAGAUACACCAUUGCUACACCAAUGUGGUGGGCCUGGGGGACUCCAGCACGUGGAGGCUGCCUUGUCUCAACCGCUAUGUCUACAUGUUCCUAGCUCCUCUCCUGAUCCCCAUCCUUACCCCACUGGUGGCAAUGGAGCGGCUGAGACAGGUGGAGCUCAGGAUGGCUCUGCGGACGCUGGGCCUGAUCUCCCUGGGCCUUUAUUCCCACUACUGGCUGCUUCUGAAUGUGUCAGGCUUUAAGAGCCCGCGCUCGGCCCUGGUCUGCAUGUACCUCAGCAGAUCCCUACUGGCCCAUCCCUACCUGCAUGUCAACAUCUUCCAGCACAUUGGGCUGCCCAUGUUCUCCCGAGACCACAAGCCCCGACGGAUUCACAUGAUGAGCCUGGGGGUUCUAAACCUGCCCCGGCUGCCCCUGCUGGACUGGGCAUUCGGUCACUCAAUCAUCAGCUGCCACGUGGAACACCACCUCUUCCCCAGGCUCUCCGACAACAUGUGCCUGAAGGUGAAGCCCGUGGUGUCCCAGUUCCUCCGUGAGAAGCAGCUGCCCUAUAAUGAAGAUUCGUACCAAGCUCGCUUCUGGCUGUUUCUCCAUUGCUACGAGGAGCUCAUGGUGCAGGCCCCACCAAUCACGGAGCUUGUGGGGCUGCAGUGAGGUUGGGCUGGUGCUGCCACCUGUCCUCUUUGGCCCGGGCCCAGCCCUUCUGCUCCUGCUCACCCAUGGGUAUGGCCUGGUGGCUGGUGGUGGACCUGGAGCAUUGAGGAAUUGGGUGGGGGUGGGGGGCCUGCCCUGAUAGCUUUUCUGAGUUUCUGGGGGAAAGCAAUAAUGGUGGCUGGGCAUCCUGGGCAGGGUGACCUCAGCCAGGUGCACCUCAGGACUAGAUAGCUAAUCCCUACCCCCACCCCAUCUGAGCCUUGGUAGGGCUAAGGGGAUGACAGAAGGUGAGGAGGGAUCCUGUGUAGAGGCCACCUAGGAGAUGGGAGACAAGAGAGAGUAGGGUCAGCCCCCUAGGCAGAGGCCUCCCUGGUGCUGGGCCUCCCUAUCCUGGCUUGGCCACUGCUUCCUACCGUACCCUUUGGUGCUUUGCCCACCAAGGUGCCCUAUCCCCAGGGACUUCAAGAUGAGCUUACUUUUGGCAGGCAUGCCUGGCUUCUCAGCCAAAGAAGCCUGUGCAAGACACUGGCUCAGCAGUUCCCUGGGGCCACGGUAUUGUGAAAUGAAAGUGAGUGUGUGCUUUGUGGGGAGAGGACUCCAGGAGAAGUGAGGGGAGAAAGUUCCUCAGGAGCUGAGUUGGGGAAAGAGUAUAAGCAGCUUUGAGUGUGACCUUGGCUAGCAAAGUCUGCUUUGCUCAAUGGUGUUUAGAAACAGUAAACCUAGGGAAUUAGCCACUGGGAGAGAGAAUUCCUGGGCAGGGGGGAGUAGCUGAGGAUGGAGAGUGUUAUGGGAACAGAGUCUGGAAGACAGAUGUGACCUCAGAGAGGAGGGGAAGGAAUGUGGGGUGCAGGGAGAAGAGCCUGAGGUCAGAGCUGGGCUGCGUGAGGAAGGGUGGUCUGCAGUCUGGGAUUGAGGUGGGACUACAAGGGAACCCUGGGUACCAGCCAGAGGAAGGGGCCAAGGCACCAAGGGACACCACUGGGAUUCAGUGCAAAGUGAGCAGAGUUAAAGAUGGCUGGGAGCUGCCCCAGCUGGGGCCUAGGCCAGGGGACUGCAAGACAGUGCCCAGGUGGAGGCAGGGGAGGUGACCAGACCCAUGAAAGGAGGCCAGAACAGAUAGUUGACAACAGGGCCUUUUGCUUCAACACACUUGACAUUUUGUCUGGACAGUUCUUUAUUGUUGGGCGCUGUCCUGUGCACUGCAGGAUGUUUAAUGUUCAGCAGCAUUCCUGGCUUCUACCUACUAGAUGCUGGGAGCUGGAGUCGUGACAAUCAAAAAUGUCUCCAGAUGUUGCCAAAUUGUCCCUGGAUGAGAACAUGCAAGUCAUUCUUUGAGCACAUAAUUAUCUUGUUUUACAUUUAAGUCCCUGGAUGGGGUCAAGGCCGUGCUGACUCUGCUGAUAGGGAGACUAAACUGCCAGUAAAUGGGAACUCAUGGAUGGGCGAAAUUUGAUGGCAGGUGAAGGCCUUCUCUGAGCCCAGUCCCAUUGGAGGACCCAUCACUGGUGUGGCCUUAUGUAGCUCUAUGUAGAGGCCAUUUGCCUCUCCAGAUCUGCUCUCCAUUUGUCCUAUCUUUGCCCUGCCUUCCUCUACCAAAGACAGCUCCUUUGGGUACCCCCUCCUAUAGCACCAGAUCUCACUAGUUCUGAAACAGUUCCCUGCAGGUGGUAGUGCAGGUGGUAGUGGCUUCCUGGUAUUGCUAGGCCAGGGGUGCUUCUUUAUUCCCUUAACCCACACCUCUGAAUAAAGUUCCUUCAUUGAACUCUUCAAUCACCCUUUUGAGUGUGCCAUCUGUUCUCUGCAGGGAAGUUGACUGAAAAAGUGGAGUUUUGGAUCCAGGCAGCCCUUUUGGACUGAGGGAGGCUUGGCAGCCUCUCCAGCCCACUGCUUUGCUAUAUUUAUUGCUGCUCUUUUGAAACGCAUUAGCAGCUCGUAAUUCCCUAAAGGUCUGAGAAUGCAAUUAAUCAAACUGCUAAUAUUCCAUAUGAAAAAUGCAAUGUCAGAAAAGGCCCCAGUUGCAUAGUCUUAGCUAAUGAUUAAAAUCAUCUAAAUAUGUAACAAUGACUCAUUGUUACUGAUCUGGACCUGAGUGGAUUAUGGGCAGUAGCUGGAAGUCCUGGCGCCAGAUCUGGCUGUCCCAAUGGGCACCCAAGGAACAAGUCACUAGGUUCCAUUUUCUGUUACUCUGAGGAUGUGGGCUGGGAGUGACUGGAGCUUGAGUGGUCAGAGAAGGUGAGAGGAGUGAAUAAAGUAUGUCUAGGCUUGCAGAGACCUGAAGUCUAAUUUACAGAGGUAUGUGGGAGGUGAUAAUAUGUAUUGACAACGAUGAUAAUAGCUAAUUUUACUUAGCACUUAUGGUAGAUGUUUUACCCACUUCAUCUAAUUUUAACCUUUACAACAAAUUGGUACUAUUUUCCCCUCACGUUUCAGAUGGUGAUAAAAAGUCCUGGAGAAAUUAAUUUUCUCUAUGUUAUACAGCUAGUAAGUAGUGGAAGAGGGAUUCCAACCCAGUGUGUCUGACUCCAGAAUUCAUUCUUUUAACCACCAGACAUACUGCCUCUGGAUGCGGAGCCCUAUAGAGCUUUCUAGAGUGUCUGAUCCUAAAUCCCCAGUUUAUCAUUAAGACAAACUCUUCAUGAACUUCUAUUAUGUGCCAGACACUGUGUGAAGCUCUGGGGAUAUAUAAGUGAAUAGGAUUGGGUCUUCACCCUCAUGGAGCUUAUAAUCUAGUACAGGGUUUGUCAAACUCUUUUUGUAAAGGGCGGGAUAGUAAAUAUUUUGGGUUUUCUGAAUCAUAUGGUUUCUGUCAAAAAAAAAUCAAUUGUGCCAUCAACAUGCAAAACAGCCAUAGACAAUAUGUAAAGAAAAGUAAGGAUGUGUUCCAAUAAGCCUUUACAGACACUGAAAUUUGAGUUUCAUGUAAUGUUCAUGUGUCAGAAUAUAUUUUUAACUUUUUUCCAUUAAAAAAUGUAAAAAUCA